GCUCUCUCUGCCGGGACUCGCCGAGCCUGUUUCAGGCGCCCUUGCGCGGAGGCUCGCCGCCCGGGGAGGGAGAGGGGAGGCUGCUGCACCUUUAAGAGAAGGGAGGACCCCUUUGCCCUUAGAGAAACCAGGAAGGGAGUUCAGCAUCAUACGGGGCUUUGCAUAUACAGUUACAGUAGGGGCAGUAACACCAGAGAGAGAGGGAGAGCUGGCCGGGAACUGACUCCAAACUCCAGGCAGACCCCCCCCACCCCCAGCCCCGCCACCCCCAGGACCAGCAAGCCCUUGGUGUUCAAAAUGGCUGGUGGUGUGGACGGCCCCAUCGGGAUCCCGUUCCCCGAUCACAGCAGCGACAUCCUGAGCAGCCUGAACGAGCAGAGGAACAACGGGCUGCUGUGUGACGUGGUCAUCUUGGUGGACGGUCAGGAGUUCCCCACCCACCGCUCUGUCCUGGCGGCAUGUAGCCAAUACUUCAAGAAGCUCUUCACCUCAGGGUUAGUGGUGGACCAGCAAAACGUAUACGAGAUAGACUUUGUGAGUGUGGACGCCCUGUCGGCGCUGCUCGAUUUCGCUUACACCGCGACCCUGACCGUCAGCACUUCGAACGUCAACGAGAUCCUCAACGCCGCCAAACUGCUGGAGAUCCCGGCGGUAACAGAGGUUUGCACGGAUCUCCUAGACAGGAAGAUUCUGGCCAAAAAUGACCAGAUGGAUUUAGUAGAUCAAAUUGAUCAAAGGAACCAUCUCAGAGCAAAAGAGUACCUGGAGUUCUUCCAGAGCAACCCCAUCAACGGCCACCAAGGCAACUUUCCAUGGACCAACCAAGACUUGAGAGACCUUCAGAGACUGAACUUCCAAGGGCAAGAGGAUGAGGAGGAGCCGGAUUGUAACGGCAUGGACUUCUACUCACAAGCCCCCCCAAACGAAAGACCAAAGGUGAACGACGGUGACCCUGACAGCAACCAUGCCAUGUGGCUGGAAAGAGAAGAAGAGGAGGCCUCGGGAGCCUUAUUCCCAUCUUCCCAGAAUGGACAUUACAGUGGACACAGCCUGACGGCACAAGGAGAAGAGGAGGCAGCUCCAGGAGGUCACCUGGACCAGCAGGAAGCCAGCAACUCUCCCAGCUUUGUUGCUGGGGGAGCGGAGGCUGAGGAGGCUGAGGCUAGAGAGGUGGACGGUCUGGCUGCCAGUGCCCUGCUGCAGCAGAUGAUCAGUUCCGUGGGAAGGCAGCAGCUGGGUGAGGACGACCAGAAGGACGACGACGGGGUGAUGGAUUAUUACUUGAAAUACUUCAGCAGCUCUCACGAGAGCGACGUGUAUCCGUCCUGGUCCCAGAAGGUGGAGAAGAAGAUCAGGGCGAAAGCAUUCCAGAAGUGCCCCAUCUGUGACAAGGUGAUCCAAGGGGCUGGCAAGCUGCCCCGCCACAUCCGCACCCACACGGGCGAGAAACCCUAUGAAUGCAACAUCUGCAAAGUCCGAUUCACCAGGCAGGACAAGCUGAAAGUUCACAUGAGGAAGCACACAGGUGAAAAGCCUUACCUGUGCCAGCAAUGCGGGGCUGCUUUUGCUCACAACUACGACUUGAAGAACCACAUGCGUGUGCACACUGGCUUGCGGCCUUACCAGUGCGACAGCUGCUUCAAGACUUUCGUCCGAUCCGACCACUUGCACAGGCACCUUAAAAAAGAUGGGUGCAACGGCAUCCCAUCCAGAAGGGGGCGCAAGCCCCGGGUCAGAGAUGUGAGCGGCCUGCCCGCCCCCGCAGGGAACCCCGAAGAUGGAAGCUUCGAAGCUGGUGGCGAGAGACAAGAAUCACAGGAGGACACCGUGCAGAAAAAUGGCCAGGAGGAGCACUUUGAAGAUAGUUCUAACAAUGAAGCAUCAGGAAGAUUGAAUGUAGCGGAGGGGUCGUCAGAGGGUAACACACAAGGACUCUCCUAAACCAAAAAAAAAAAAAAAAAGUGUCACAAAAUCUAGUUAGUACUUUCCUCCGAUUUCUCCUUAAAAUAUUUCUCUCCCUUUUUAAAAGAUUAUAUAUAUAUAUAUAUGUUUCCAAUCUUCCCACCAUAACCAGUCCCGUGGGGACACCUCUAAUAGCUAAGGACCUUUCGUUGGAAGGCAGAUGCUUAGGAAGUGUGAGAUCUGGAGGGUUGAAAGGUUGGUCCAUAACAUGGAAAGAAGCUUCCAUGCAAAUCCAAAGCUUUUAUUUUGUGUCCAGACACACUUUAAAAAAUGGCAGAGAUGCAUCUAUUUAAAAAAAAAACCAGAAAAAUUCCAAGAGGUGAAUAGGUUCUUCCUGGACAGUCACUACAUUUUGUGCCUCCGUCUGACUGGAUGGGAAAGAAUUGAGUGCAGCUUUCUCUCCACUGGAAAGUGAAAGCUCCUGAUGCCUGAGAUGGUCUUGUGGUGAUCGGGGAUUUGAUUCUGCCAUAGGGAGUUCAGAUCCUUUCUGGCCUGAUGCUGAGCGAAGCUGGCUGAAAUCACCUGGUGCACAAUUUUUAUAAUGAUAAUUGGGUGGGGGGGGGGAGAAACGGAUGAUAUUUUACAUAUUCAUUUUUUAAGAACGAUUGCUCCUGCCAUGUGGGUGGGCGAACAGAAUUUUGCAAGGCUGCUCCGAGCCUCGGGUUUGAAAUGCCUAGAUGCCAGGUGAAACUGCGACUCUCCCCAGGAGGUUUAGAUUGGUGCCUCGUUCCCGAUUGGGAGGCAGGGCUCCCGUGUUCAGUCCUGGCUCUGCCACAGAAUUGCUGGGUCAAGUCAUUUUCCCUCUCCGGGGCACAGCUUCCUCAGCUGUAAAAUGAGGCGACUGCUGUUUUGUGUGAGGUUUGGGAAGUGCUUUGAGGUCCAGGGCGUGCGCGUUGCGAUGAAGGGGCGAACUCCUUCCUUGGCAGAUAAACUGGUCCGUUCAGGGGUUACUACGUGAGGGUCUCUUGGACAAAAAUGGCAGCCCUCUCUGCUCUGUGCAAAGAUCUUUGGGGCACUUUUCCUGAGGAUGUUUGCAGAGCCCUCACCCACCCAUUGGGCAGCACAUGUUUAUGCCUCACUCUUGUCCUCCACCCCAGAGGUGGCUGCAUUUCCAUGAGUGCUGCGUGUAUAUAGUCUGUAAUGUGUUGUAGCAUUAAAGGCCCUGUUUUAGUAAGGUAGCCUCGUGGCUACCAAACCUCUCUCUCCCUAGCCCACUGAAAACCCUGAAUCGGGCAGGAACCUGAGCAAUCUAAUCAAAUUCCAGGCAACCUCUGACGGAAUGGGCUAGUUCUGUACUUUGAUGACUUAUUGCCUGGUCCUGUGCUGGGCAAAUUGUGCCCCAAUAGGAGAGGAGCACAGGGUACAUUUUUGCUAGAUCAGAUUGUUGCCUCCUGAAUCCGAACCUUGCCUUUCAAGAUGCAGCGAUUAGUCAGUCCUCCCUGUUGAGUCAGACUCUCUGAUACUCCCCUCCCCCAGAGCUGAAGCUCGAGCCCCCUCUGGGAUGUAGCAGGAUUUUUCUGUAUCUUUGGGCCUGCCGGGAGUUAAAGAUCAGUAACUGACAAGAGGGGGUGUUUAGUCUUUUGCCACCCUGACAUGGAAUGGACAGCGCCCGUGUGAUCGCGCUUUUAGCACUUGUUAACAGCAGCUUUCACCCCAGGAUCUCAAAGCACUUCAUUAGAUGGUUCUAUUAAGUAAAAGAAUCUCUCGGAGCAGGGUAACCCCCAAGAUUUUAAGAAUCAAACGAGAGCACCCUAAAAGCAGUUAAAACUGAGUUUUUGGGGUUGCUUUUUUUUUUUUAAAGGGUUAUUUAAGGUCUCCCUGAAAGGUGCGCGGAGUCUUUCUGGAGAUUGAAGCUGUUGGGAUGGGGAAAAAAAGCACUCUGGGGCUGCUACUCCUUUAAGGCUUUGGAGUUGGAGUUUGGAAUUUAUCUCCUCUGGGAACCUCAGGCUGGGCCAUUUAAAUGCACAGGCGUCUGGGAUGGGUAGUUCUCCAUCAGACUGGCACCAAUGUAUUUACUGUCCUGCAGAGGCAAAGCUGAAUUUAUUUAUUUGAGUAGCGGGCACUGAUAGACUGGCCCGGGGGAUGUGCACAGAGCUAACGUGGUGGGGUGGAGGAGACGGGCACCGGAGCUGACCGCACCUCAAGGCCCGGCGUCCUCUCCUUGCUGCGGUUGCUAGGAGAGCGCCCGAAGCUUCACCCGGUGCCCGGUUUCAGUCCCCAAAAGAUGCGGGCGUGACCUGUGUGUGAGAUGAUCAGAAUCGCAGGCUAAGCUGGUUCAAAACAGGCCACUGACUCCUUGACACGAAGGGGUUCAGGGCCUAAUGGUUACACCAAGGCCUCUACAACCCUCUGCUAGACCUUGAAAGUGGCUUGUAAAUUACUCC